UGGCAACCCUGCAGAAGGGCAUGACUGAGUUCGUCGAGUUUGAAGGAGUGUAGGCAGGAACGGUGACAUACAGAAAUAAACUAGUUGAGUAGCAUGGACGAACUAAAGCACCAGGUUAUGAUCAACCAGUUUGUGUUGACCGCCGGCUGUGCGGCGGAUCAGGCGGAGCAGCUCCUCCAGGCGGCUCACUGGCAGUUUGAGACUGCCCUUAGCUCCUUUUUUCAGGAAGCAAAUAUUCCGUACAGCCAUCAAAUGAUGUGCACACCUGCCAACACCCCAGCAACACCCCCCAACUUCCCAGACGUUCUGGCCAUGUUUUCCCAUCUUCGAGCCUCAGAGAGCAUCGGUGCCAGUCCUAUUCCCUCUAUGGCUACCUCUCCUCCUCCCUACAUUAACUGGGCUGUGGACCCCACCUCACCCUCCAGCCAGCAGGGGCUUUGGUCAACUGCUCAGCUUCCUUCUCACACCACUGUUAGCCAGCAGGUAACCUCUGAGCAGCCCAUGGAGGCCGAGAGAUGAGAACAAGCCAAUGCAGGAUGAGGACCGAUGCCACAGAAAGAAGCAUACAUAAAGUGGAUAACGCACUGAAAGACUAAGAAACAUGAGUAAUGAAGACUGAGUAUCUGUUCUCAUUUCAGAAACUGAACACAAAACGUCACUGGGUUGGUUUCUUUGGUUUAUUUUGUUUUUAAUCCAGUGAUCUUCUGGAUGAAAUGUGUACUCAAGACAUGACCUCAAGGUGCACAAGUGUGUAUGGGUUUAUUAGUUUAUUUCCCCUUGCUCACAGAAGAGCUUAGUCAGCAAAGUCGUGUGCCCCCCCCCCAGUGUUUGCACUGAAACUUCUAUCAUUUUAAUGUACUUUAUUCUUUCUAAAUUGAAAAGUGUCUAUCAGUUGGAAUGUCAAAAUCGGGCUUGAUUGUACGCAAGGAAAGAGGGUUGCAUAAUAAUGGGUAAAAUGAUUGACAAAUUGCAAAUAUUUUUGUCAAUAUAUGAAAAUCACAGUUAUUCACUGUUAUAUUUUAAAUAAAAAAAGCUUUUCUUUUGCACAACAGCCAAUAAAUGCAAAUACAUAAUGGAAACAAAUUAGCUAACUCCCUAACUCUACCUUAGCGCACACAAACCUCAUAACUGGUUAUGUUUAAUGCUCUGAGGAUGCCAAAAAUUGUGAGUAAAAUACAAUUAAAUUUGUAGGCCUACCAAGACAAGCCUAACCUGUCAAGAAGAAAUAAAACGCUGAUAAUUUGGUUUAAAGUUCAUUCCAACUUGGUGGAUGAAGAUUCCAACUUGGUGGAUGAAGACUCCACCAAGUGAGUUGUUCUCAGUGAGGCUUUUGUGAGAAAAUCCUGCAAUUUUACCUGAGCAGGAGCUUAUGUCCCUCUUUCUGAGACAAGGAGAAGUCUCUGUCUGUGAUAUUUGGAGCUCCAGGGGAACUACUGAUGUGGCCAUUUCAGUGAUCCUGAGCUCUUUUGUCAGUUCAUCAUGAGACCAUGAGCCAAACUGUGUUCUAGGAGAGUGGAUGCAACUCGGACAGCCAGCUCCCAGGUAGGGCAUGUUGGAGCCAGACACGGCCCUAUCUGUAUACAUCUCAGGAACCCUUGUGGCACAAUGGAGAGGCUAAGGAGUGGGACUCUAAAUGGGAGUACCUGUCUUCGAAAAGCAAACCACAAAAUCCAUCUGUGUUCUGGGGCAAUAGGGACAUGGAAUUAACUAGUUCUGUGGUUGCAGAUCAUGAAUAGCUUGAUAGCCUUAAAGCAGUAGCAGAAAAUUUUGUCAUGAUGGGCCCCUGGGCAAGAUGUACAUGCAUGUUGCCUUUCUAAAUAAAGUAUUUUCAUGUGCAUACUCUCAAUAUAAAA